AUGAAGCAGCAGGAGCGUGCAGCAGCAUUGUUUUACUCGUCCAAGGCCCGAGUAACUCACAUUCGAGCGCCGCGCGAAGACGUGUCCGAUUGUCUCCAUGAAGUCAUGCAGCCUAUGGCUCGUCUCAUCAAAGCCACACAACGAAGGAUGUUCGAUGCGUAUUACUCACUCGAAGGUGAUCUUGCCUCUAUCCUCAAAGUGGUCCAGGAGCAAGCGGAGCGUCUCCUGCUUCAUUUCUGUGGGGAUUUUCAGCUAACAUUGAACUCUAUGGAAAACGCGGAAGACAUCGAAUUAGGGCAUAUCGGCGAGGACCCAAGGCGAGACCUGAUUCCAGAUGCGACAUGGGCGGAAUUCAACGUGCAGUCUUCAGACGCUCCGCUGAAAGAAGGCAAACGGAGGAUGGUGGACGAGGAUCUAGAUGACGAAGAAAUGGACGAAAUGCGACUCAUUCCUCAGCCCGGGUUCUCGUCUGCGGGCCCGAUGUUCGCAACGGGUCCCUUUCGCUCAGAUGCCAACGUCGUUCCUACUCCUGGUGCGAUGUCUCAGUUGCCCAUGCGGCUGACGAGUGAACAUCAACAGGCUCGAUCACUCGAUCCCUCUCCGACGGAGGUGUUGCUACGUGAAGGAGUGCGAGGGGAGCAACGGAGGGGCCAGGGAUUUGAUGCAUCGAAGAAACAGCCGAAGUCCAUCUGGGCACACACCAAGUUGAAUGGGAUUGGCUGUCAUUGUGUCGUCGAUGCGAGCGGCGGUAGUUCUCUACAGCCCGUUACAACAAUCUCGCAUUAG